AUGCGACAAUCAAAUGCCCUGGUGCUCUUCAGCACCUUUGCUAGCACAAGCCUUGUCGCUGCCAAAGCGCCCUCUGCCAUUCGAGGUGUUGGCCCAGAGUUCGUCCACUUCUACGAGUCCAAGGAUGCCUUCAAGUGCAUUGGCCACCCGACCAUCGUCCUCAAGCCCUCCCAGGUCAACGACAACAGCUGCGACUGCCCUGAUGGCUCGGACGAGCCUGGCACCGCCGCCUGCGCGCACCUCGACCCUCUGUCUCCGGAGCAGCCUCUCGUCGGCUCUCUGAGCGGCACCACAAACACCACCAACGUCCUCCCCGGAUUCUGGUGCGCCAACGACGGCCACGUCGGAGCCUACGUCCCUUUCAUGUACGUCAACGACGGCGUUUGCGACUACGACCUGUGCUGCGACGGCAGCGAGGAAUACGGCAAGGUCGGCGGCGUCAAGUGUGAGAACCGUUGCGGGCCCAUCGGCAAGGAGUACCGCCGCAUUGAGGAGGAGCGCAAGCAGGGCAAGGAGCGUGCGGCCAAGCGGCGCCGAACCCUGGUCAAGGAGGCCAAGGAGUCUCGCCGCCAGGUCGAGGCUCGGGUGACCAAGACCAAGGAGGAGAUUGCGCAGCUCGAGGUCAAGCUUGCCGAUCUGCAGCAGAAGUUGGAGGAGGUCCAGAGGUCCGAGAAGGGCAAGGUCGUCAGGCCUGAGGGUCAGGGGGGCAAGCUCGGCGUCUUGGUCGGGCUAGCCAAGGCUCGCGUCAAUGAGCUGCGGGACGCCUUGGACAAGGUUCUGGACCAGCGCGAUGAUCUUCAGGACAAGGUCACUGAGCUUGAGGGCAUCCUGAGCAAGUUCAAGGAGGAGUACAACCCCAACUUCAAUGACGAGGGUGUUAAGGCUGCUGUCAAGGCAUGGGAAGACUAUGCUGCCAAGCUGGCCGACGAGAAGAAGACCGAGGUUGUCGACAAUGACGUUCUCGAGAUCCUGAAGGAGGAUAACGAGGAGCGUGGCGUCAACUGGGCCGAGUUUGAGGAGGGUGAGGGAAGCGACACCGACAUCCUGUACAACUUUGAGGCAUACCUGCCUGCCUUCGCACGCACCUUCAUCCGCCUCAAGGUUGACGCCCUCCGCAUUUGGCUCAUCGAGAACGGCAUCCUGGCCGACAACCCUUCGUCUGGCAGUCACGAGUCCCGUCUCGUGACCGCCGCCCGUGACGCCGUCAACGUGGUCGAGAGCGACCUGAGCAACAAGCGUCUCAAGAUGGCCGAGGACGAGGCCGAUUUGGAGAAGGACUACGGCGCCGAUGGCAUCUUCCGUGCGCUCAAGGGCAAGUGCGUCAGCACCGAGGCGGGAGAGUACGAGUACGAGCUGUGCUGGAUGGACCGCACGAUGCAAAAGUCAAACCGCGGGCACGGCCACACCAACAUGGGCAACUUUGUCGGCAUGGAGAUCCGCACGGCCGACGACGAGGAGCGUCAGGACGGCAAGGGGCUAGGCAAGGGGCCGAGACUGGUCAUGCAGUAUGAGAACGGGCAGGGCUGCUGGAACGGGCCCAACAGGAAGACCGAUGUCUGGCUGGCUUGCGCCGAGACGGAAGAGCUGUGGCGCGUGUCCGAGUCGGAGAAGUGUGUGUACAAAAUGGAGGUUGGCACGCCGGCUGCUUGUGAGGAUGUCCACGAGCCAGGAAUCCCGACCAAGGACGAGUUGUGA